AUAUAUUAAUCAUAGCCCACUUAAAUAUAUAUAUACCAUUCAAGUCCUCGACAUUCAAGACCUUGGUCUUGACCAAUACUCUACAUCCCUAAUAGAAAGGAAUCCGCGAUGGCCUCAUCAGAUGCUAAGCCGCUCACAGCACAGUGCCAAUGCGGCUACGUCUCGUUCCCAACGCCGACAGCGAAGCCGAUCACCAUGUACUACUGCCACUGUACAGAAUGCCAACGACAGAGCGGAUCAGCUUUCGGUACAUCCGCCAUCUUCCCAGCCGAGGGACUAUUCCCUCUCUCGCCCGAGCUAGAGUCUCGUCUAAAAGUCUUCAGGCGACCUACCAAUAACGGGCGCUCCUUAGAUUGCUAUUUCUGUUCCGAGUGCGGCUCGCGCAUGAUUCACCGCAUCAUAAGCGCAGACGGGACGCCUCGCUCGUCUGUUAGUAUUAAGGGCGGCUGCAUAGAAGGCUUGGAUUGGAACGGGAAGAUGCAUAUUUUCACGCGCUCGGCUGUUAUGAAAAUUCCUGUCGAGUGGGAGCAGUACGAUACUCUACCCCCGUGGAUGAAGAUGGAUUAAGUGAUUGGAUGUGUUGGGGAGGCGAACUAGAUGAGUUGUAUGCUUCCUUAUAAGUGAUAAUGUUAUAAGUGAUAAAUAAAUAUUAUUAGUGAUGAGGGAUAACUAAGGAGAAAGAAGAAUCGAAUUAUAUUGUAGAACGACUUAUACAGUUCUGGCAUAUAUGUACCAGGCUCGGAAGCUCAAAUUAUGAUUCCCCCCUGAUUGCAGGCAAGAUAAUUGUGGCUGUCGAGUUCUCGGGUGUGAGGUCAUCGAUCUGCAGGAACACAAAUAUCUACAAGAUCAUUGAAGUCAUCCAAUAAUAAAGCUUCGAUGUUCACUUCCCAACUACAUCUCAUAAACC